AAUACUCCGUAGUUAUCUAUUUCUAAUUUUUCUCUCGAAGCAGUCAGUCAUUCAUUUUCAUUUUCCCAUCUCCACCGUGGAGCAGUUAGAUGUCGAUAUUGUAUGCUUUGGUCGGUAGGGGGACGACUGUGCUGUCGGAGUUCAGCGCCGUGACGGGGAACGCAGGGGCCGUCGCGCGGCGGAUACUGGAGAAGCUUCCGGUGGAAUCGGAGUCCAGGCUAUGCUUUUCUCAGGACCGAUACAUCUUUCACAUCCUCAGAUCCGAUGGCCUCAUCUUCCUUUGUAUGGCCAACGACACCUUCGGCAGAAGGAUACCAUUUUCAUACCUGGAGGAUAUUAAAAUGAGGUUUAUAAAGAAUUAUGGUAGGAUUGCUUCCCAGGCACCUGCUUAUGCCAUGAAUGAUGAGUUCUCUAGGGUCUUACAUCAACAAAUGGAGUUCUUUUCAAGCAAUCCCAGCUCAGAUACACUUAAUCGUGUUAGGGAAGAAGUUGGCGAGUUGCGGUCCAUCAUGGUUGACAACAUUGAUAGAAUACUUGAGAGAGGUGACCGUAUAGAGCUUCUUGUUGACAAAACAGCAACCAUGCAAGGCAGUUCAUUUCACUUCAGAAAACAGUCAAAUCGGCUCAGAAGGGCCAUUUGGAUGAAAAAUGCUAAGCUUAUGGCCUUGAUGACUUGCUUGAUUCUAGUCCUCCUGUACUUAAUAAUCUCAUCUUUCUGUGGGGGCAUCACUCUACCAUCCUGCAGAACUUAAUAAUGCCAAGAGUCUUUGUUGACUCCAAACAGAGGCAUGUAGGGUGCUUGUGAAAAAUAAUAGUUACUCUGUAUUAUUACCGUAAGCAGUAACUUCUUGGGAUGGGUAAGAUCUUUGUUGGGGAUGAAUAAGGUAACUUUAUUUUCUGAAUCUGUGUAAAUUCUGAUGAUUCUCUCACAACUUUCUUUUCUGUUCUUUU